AUGCCGUGCUGCAGCUGCCAUGAGAUCGACUUCGGAAUCGACGUGGGUGUCGAUAACAACCAUCUCAUUGCUUCCAAAGAUCCUACACAUCCCGCAAACAUGAUCUGCGAGCUCUGUCGUCUAUUUUACAAUAAUGGAUGGUGCACUGGUACUGGCGGAGGAGUUUCUAUAAGAGACGCUAACAGAGCAUAUAUCGCCCCUAGUGGCGUUCACAAAGAGAGAAUGGUUCCCUCAGACAUGUUUGUGAUGGAUCUAGAAUCAAAGGAGUAUCUUAGAAAGCCUGCCAAGUAUAAGGCCUCUGCUUGCACGCCACUAUUUUUGGAUAUCUACAAUAUCAGAGACUCUGGAGCAUGUAUACACACCCACUCUCAAAAUGCCGUUAUGGUCACAUUACUAUUUGACAAGUAUUUUGAGAUCUCGUGCAUUGAGCAGAUCAAAGCUCUUCCGAAGGUCACAGAGGCCGGUAACCUUUGGUAUUCGGAUAGAUUAGUUAUCCCAAUCCUGGAAAAUACAGAAAGAGAGGAGGAUUUAUCUGAGAGUCUCCAGCAAUGCAUCAAAGAACAUCCCGGUACGACUGCCAUAUUGGUUAGAAGGCAUGGAAUCUUUGUCUGGGGAGAAAACAUAUGGAAAGCCAAGGUUUACAAUGAGGCAUUAGACUAUUUGAUGGAACUUGCCAUCAAAAUGAAACAAUUUGGAAUUCCAACGGUGAAGGAAAAAUAA